AUGCGGUGUCUGUACACCCGCAUAUUGAUGGCUUGCUGCUGUGCUGCAGCAGCAGCAGCAGCAGCAGCAGCAGCGGCAGCAGCAGCAGCAGCAACUACAACACCAACAGCAGCAGCAACACCAGUAGCAACAGCAACAGCAGUACCAACAGCAACAGCAGCAGCAGCAACAGCAGCAGUAGCAGCAGCAGCACCAGCAGCAACAGCAGCAGCAACACCAGCAGCAACAGCAGCAGCAGCAGCAGCAGCAACAGUAGCACCAGCAGCAACAGCAGCAGCAGCAACAGCAACAGCAGCAGCAGCAACAGCAGCAAAGCAACAGCAGCAGCAGCAACAGCAGCAGCAGCAACAGCAACAGCAGCAGCAGCAACAGCAGCAGCAAACGAAAAUGCGUAGAAAACAAUUGAGGGUUUGUUUUUUUAAGAGUUUGUCUUUGGUUGAUUUGGGGUUUUGA